CACCAUGUCUCAUCUAGAUUUCGCAAUUUGGAUCUCUCUGUCUCUCUCUCUCGCCUGCGUUCAUUAUUACUCUUUACGCACCCACAUUCGCCAACGCACUCAUCAUGAUUCCCUUCCGCUUUCUAUCUGCAGUCCUGGUGCUGGCCGACCAUUUAGCAUUUGCAUAUCGCUGUGAAUUCCGCUCCCCAUGCUCUUCUUCCCUGACACUCCACGUAUCCUUUUACCUCUACUCUGUCGUAGGCAUCCUUGUAAAGUUAUCAUCACGGACUGCACUACUGUAUAUGAAGGCCGCGGGAAUGGGCAUCACCACUCGGACUAUUUUACCCCACAUACAAUACUGCUAGCAAUUCUUUUUCUUUUUCGUUCUUCCUCAACUUUGCAUAUCUCAUCUCACCUUGUAUUUCAAGUACGUAUAGCUUGAAGGUUAUCUCGUUGAACA